CAGAUUGUUUAAUAGAGAUGGCAUCGCUGAGCGAGAUCAACGCCUGGUGUCGGAUCCCAAGGGUGCCGGAUCUCCUCCGCAAGAAUGAGAAGCACGCGAAGAUGUUCGACCCGGCGGUCGUCCCCAUCGGCCCUUACCACCGCGGCAAGUCCCAUCUGUCGGAGAUGGAGGGCCACAAGAAGGAGGCUGCUACCGCGUUUGCGGGAGCGAACACGAACGCAUUAUGCAAUAAGGUCAGUGAAGUUGCCGACACAUGCAGGGACUGCUACGACAGAAGCUUGCUCCUGCUGAUGAGCAAAGAUGAAUUCACCCGCAUGCUGUUCAUCGACGGUUGCUUUAUACUACAAUUCAUCGAUCGGUUCGUGAGGAACGACAUGAAGGAUUUCCCGGUGAGCGCGCACCUGCAUGGGUUCAUCUUGCGGGACAUGUUCUUGCUGGAGAACCAGCUCCCGUAUCUUCUUCUCGAAAAGUUGAUGGAGGUGAAGAGAGUGGACAUCGACACGUUCCUGGAUAGCGUUCCGGGCACGCCAAAACGGAAGACACAGACAGAAAACAGAGGAAAGAGCAUUGAAGGGCCGCACCGGCACAUCCUCGCGCGGCUGCAGGAGUUGCAGCUGGGCCCGCGGGGCGAGACGUCGCAGCUCCCGUGGAAGAGAAGCUGGCUGUCGUUUCGGUCGGCCAGGGAGCUGGUCAGGGCCGGCAUCGCAAUCAAGCCGGGGGAGACCAACUUCCUCCGCGAAGUCAAGUUCGAGCCUGGCCCCGUGUGGGGGAGGCUGUCGCUGCCGCCGAUCGUAAUCGACGACCUCACGCGACCGCGGCUGCUCAACAUGAUCGCGUUCGAGAUGUGCAGUGGCAGUACCGACGGGGGCUACGGGGUCAUGUCGUUCGUGUGGUUUUUGAACCUGCUGAUCGACCACGCGGACGAUGUGAAGGAGCUGCGCGAGGCCGGGGUGCUGGUGAACAUGCUGGGAAGCGACGAGGAGGUGGCGGAGUUCUUCAACGAGACGGUAGCCGACCUCCUGCCUGACCAGCAACCGUACUAUCCGGUGAUCAACAACAUCAACGACUACCGCAAUAACAAGUUUAGGGUUCCUCUGUACAGGAUGCUGCAUAGGCGUUUCGGCAGCCCGUGGGCGGCCAUCGCCUUCCUUGUGGCGUUCGUGCUUCUGGUGCUCACCGUGGUGCAGACCGUCUAUACGGCGAUACAGACUCACUACACAAUCCACCCACCCACCAAGUAGCAAGGUCGAUUGAUCGAGUCCGGGGCUUCUCUUCUCUUCUCUUCUCGUGGUCUUCUUCUCGAGGUCAAUGUCAGUGUUUCUUAUUAUAUAUAUAUAUGUAUAUUUGCGUCAUUUUAAUUGUCCUUCUUGGGUAGAUGAUUUGCUCAUUGCGUGGAAAUUCCGUUGUCGUCUCAUAUACUUUUAGAGUGGAUUCGGAUUUGACUUUUUGGGUGUGGGAUCGAGUUGUUUGCGGUGUGCAAUUGAGUGAUUUGCGUUGGAAUUUAGCUUGCGGUGUACCAUCGGAGUGAUUUGUGUUUGGUGUAAGUUAAUUUGGAGUGGCCUGGCUUGUAAACCGGGCGCAC